AUGUCGGACCAACAGCGCGAUGUCUCCCAGUACAAAUACUCGGCCAUGUCCAACCUGGUUCUCCAGGCGGACAAGCGUUUCGUUUCAAGACGAAAUGACGAGUCUACCGGUGACCCCGAGUCGCUGGCUGGGAGACUAAGCAUCCGGGAUAUGGGCAAUCGCGUCGCGCGCGACAGCGCACCGAAACAAAAGAAGGCACCUGGUGUCCCUGAAAUCGAGCGGGGCAGGGUGCAGGAUGGACAGGACGUGCUGCUACGCGAACAACAGAAGAAGAAGGGUGGUGCAGGGCAGAUGCGCGGGACCGGCGUCCUGGGGACUGCCGACUUCGCCAUCGAGGGAAUCACAUACAGACCGCGCACGCCAGCAACCCGUGCAACAUACGAACUCAUUCUCAAAAUUGUUGCCGACAACCUCGGCGAUGUACCCCAAUCGGCAGUUCUGAGCGCAGCAGACGUUAUCCUCGAGUUCCUGAAAGACGAUGACUUGAAAGACAACGAACGCAAGAAGGAGAUCGACGACAUGUUGGGUGUCGCGUUGGGCCCAAAGGAGUUCAACGAGAUGGUCAACCUUGGCAAGAAGAUCACCGAUUAUGACGCGCAGGACGAAGAUGAGGACAUGGACGGUGGUGCGGCCGACGGCGCAGAUGAUGCUGAAAUGGACGACCGCCAGGGCGUGGCUGUUGUCUUCGAGGACGAGGACGAUGACGAACAUGCUGGCAUCGCGAACGAGGUCAGGGAAGAGUCAUCAGAAGACGAGGAAGCAGACGAAGAGGAUGCGGAGGACCAGGACAUCCUUGGCGAAGACAAGAAGACCAACCUCGGCGACGACGAUGACGAGAUGGUGAUCGAUUCCGCAGGAACCAAGGGCGCGCAAGAUGAGAAGGAAGCGACUGUACCGGCACGGGACAUCGACGCGUUUUGGCUCCAGCGUCAGAUCGGCAAGCUCUACGACGAUCAUCACGAACAGGUCGACAAGGCUGCGGAAUCGCUGCGAAUCCUGUCCGGUGAGCCAGAUGAAGCGGGAGGCGAGGAGAAGUCACUUCGAGAGAUUGAGAACGACUUGAUGGAACUUUUCGACUAUGAACACCACAACCUUGUCCAACUCCUCAUCAAGAAUCGGGAAAAGGUCGUCUGGCUAACACGACAUGCCAAGGCUGAUACAGACGAACAGCGAGCAGCACUGGAGCGCGAGAUGGCAUCAGAAGGUCUACAGUGGAUUCUCAACGAGAAGUACGGUCGAAAAACAGAGGACAAGUCUCGGAAGAUGGAGAUCAAGAUGGAUAUUGAUGUUCCUGCCGGUGUUGCUUCCGGCAAGCCUGCCGAGCCCGAACGCGCCGAAGGUCAGCUCCGCGGGGGACUUCAGCCGCGCAAACUCAUCAACUUGGAGAAUCUAGUGUUCGACCAGGGCAACCAUCUCAUGACAAACCCCAAGGUCAGGCUACCUGAAGGGUCAACCAAGAGGACCUUCAAGGGAUACGAGGAAAUUCACGUACCAGCACCCAAAAAGCAUGCCGAUCGCAACGAAGUGCUUGUGCCCAUCACCGACAUGCCGGAAUGGUCAAGGGGCCCUUUUGGCACGACAAAGUCACUGAACCGUAUCCAGACGAAAUGCUUCCCAACAGCUUUUGGAGAUGAUGGAAACAUGCUGAUCUGUGCGCCCACUGGUAGUGGCAAAACCAACGUGGCCAUGUUGACAAUAUUGCGCGAGCUCGGCAAACACCGCAAUGCCCAAACCGGCGAUAUCGACUUGGACUCCUUCAAGAUUGUGUACAUCGCGCCGUUGAAGGCCUUGGUUCAGGAACAGGUGGGAAACUUUGGAAAGCGACUCGAGCCAUACGGUGUCAAAGUUUCUGAGUUGACAGGUGACCGUCAACUCACAAAGGCACAGAUUGCUGAGACGCAGAUCAUCGUUACGACACCUGAAAAGUGGGACGUCAUCACAAGAAAAGCUACCGACAUCAGCUACACCAAUCUGGUCCGACUGAUCAUCAUUGAUGAGAUCCAUCUGCUUCACGAUGACCGUGGCCCUGUUCUCGAGAGCAUCAUUAGCAGAACCAUCAGGAAAACCGAGCAAACCGGAGAGCCUGUCCGUUUGAUCGGCUUGUCUGCAACGCUGCCCAACUACCGAGAUGUCGCGAGCUUCCUCCGGGUGGACCCUACGAAGGGACUGUUCCACUUCGACGGCUCUUACCGACCCUGUCCUCUCCGACAGGAGUUCAUUGGCGUGACUGAUCGCAAGGCAAUCAAGCAACUCAAGACGAUGAACGACGUCACUUACAACAAAGUCAUGGAGCACGUAGGUACCAACCGAAACCAGAUGCUCAUCUUCGUCCACUCGCGAAAGGAGACUGCCAAGACGGCGAGAUAUAUUCGCGACAAAGCUCUGGAGAUGGACACUAUCAACAAUAUUCUUCGUCACGAUGCUGGCAGUCGUGAGGUUUUGAAUGAAGCUUCGAGCCAGGCGACUGAUAAGGAGCUCAAGGACUUGCUUCCUUACGGAUUCGGCAUCCACCACGCUGGUAUGAGCCGAAUCGACCGUACUGAUGUCGAGGAUCUUUUUGCCCGAGGUGCCAUUCAAGUCCUCGUCUGUACAGCCACCCUUGCGUGGGGUGUCAACCUUCCCGCACAUUCCGUUAUCAUCAAAGGCACUCAGAUCUACUCACCUGAGAAGGGUAGCUGGGUAGAGUUGAGCCCCCAGGAUGUCCUGCAGAUGCUGGGCCGUGCAGGUCGACCGCAGUUCGACACAUAUGGCGAGGGCAUCAUUAUCACAACACAGAACGAAAUUCAGUAUUACCUCUCGCUUCUCAACCAACAACUACCGAUCGAAAGUCAAAUGGUCAGCAAAUUGGUUGACAAUCUCAACGCCGAGAUUGUUCUAGGCAAUGUGCGCUCACGAGAUGAAGGUGUUGAGUGGCUCGGCUACAGCUAUCUGUUUGUACGCAUGCUCCGCUCACCCGGUCUUUACCAAGUUGGUGCCGAAUAUGAAGACGAUGAGGCCCUUGAGCAAAAGAGAGUCGAUCUUAUCCACUCUGCGGCGUCUGUCCUCCGAAAGUCCAAUCUCGUCAAGUAUGACGAGAAGACAGGCAAACUUCAAGCUACCGAACUUGGUCGCAUUGCGUCUCACUACUACAUCACACACGGCUCGAUGGAGACCUACAACAACCUCAUCCAACCAUCCAUCACGACUAUCGAGCUGUUCCGCGUUUUCUCCUUGAGCGCAGAAUUCAAGUACAUCCCGGUGCGCCAAGACGAGAAGCUUGAACUCGCGAAACUGUUGGGCCGUGUUCCCAUUCCUGUCAAAGAGAGUAUCGAGGAGCCGCACGCCAAGAUCAACGUUUUACUGCAGGCGUAUAUUUCUCGACUUAAACUGGAUGGUCUUGCACUCAUGGCAGACAUGGUAUACGUGACUCAAUCAGCUGGUCGUAUCCUCCGCGCUAUCUUUGAGAUCACGCUGAAGAAGGGAUGGGCUUCGGUCUCGAAGACUGCUCUGGAUCUCUGCAAAAUGGCUGAGAAGCGCAUGUGGCCGACGAUGUCUCCGCUUCGCCAGUUUCCCUCGUGCCCACGCGAGAUUGUGCAGAAGGCCGAGAGGAUCGAGGUCUCAUGGAGCAGUUAUUUUGACCUUGACCCUCCGCGCAUGGGCGAGCUCCUGGGCAUGCCCAAGGCCGGAAGGACUGUUUGCUCUCUCGUGGCAAAGUUCCCAAGACUCGAACUUCAGGCUCAAGUACAGCCUUUGACACGAUCAAUGCUGCGCGUCGAGCUGAGCAUCACGCCCAACUUCGAGUGGGACGACGAUGUCCACGGACCAGCUGAGGGCUUCUGGAUUGUUGUGGAAGACUGUGAUGGCGAAGACAUUCUCUUCCAUGAUCAGUUCCUUUUGCGUAAGGAGUACGCCGAGUCGGAAUCCAACGAGCACAUCGUCGACUUUACUGUGCCUAUCACGGACCCGAUGCCGCCGAACUACUUCAUCUCCGUCAUUUCUGAUCGCUGGAUGCACUCCGAGACGAGGCUUCCCGUUUCGUUCCACAAGCUUAUUCUUCCUGAGAGGUUCCCACCUCACACGGAACUGCUAGACCUUCAGCCACUGCCAGUGUCAGCUUUGAAGGUCAAGGAGUACGCAAACCUGUAUCCUGACUGGAGCCACUUCAACCGCAUCCAAACGCAGUCUUUCAAAUCCCUUUACGACGGCGACCAAAACGUCUUUGUUGGUGCCCCUACAGGCAGUGGAAAGACUGUCUGCGCAGAGUUCGCGUUGUUGCGCCACUGGUCGAAGAAGGUAGACUCCGAGGAGCAAGGCGGCGCUGCUGUGUACAUUGCCCCAUACCAAGAGCUCGUUGAUGUUCGCCUCGAGGACUGGCGCAAGAAACUUGGGUCCCUGCGCGGCGGCAAGACUAUCGAAAAGUUGACGGGCGAGACGGCGACUGACCUUAAGAUCCUGAAGACUAGCGACCUGAUCCUCGCCACCCCUAUUCAAUGGGAUGUUCUCUCUCGCCAGUGGAAGCGUCGCGCCGAGGUUCAAAAGGUUGCGCUGUUCAUUGCCGACGAGAUUCACCUUCUCGGCGGCUCCAUGGGCUAUAUCUACGAAGUUAUCGUUUCGAGGAUGCACUACAUCAGGAUGCAGACCGAGCUUCCCAUGCGAAUCGUCGCACUCAGUGUCUCCCUCGCCAACGCUAGGGAUCUGGGCGAGUGGAUUGAUGCAAAGAAGCACGACAUUUACAACUUCAGCCCGCAUGUCCGCCCGGUUCCCCUCGAACUUCACAUACAGUCCUUCAACACACCCCAUUUCCCGUCGCUGAUGCUGGCUAUGGCCAAGCCCACCUACCUGGCCAUUAACCAGAUGUCUGCCGACAAGCCUGCGAUCGUCUUUGUUCCGAGCCGCAAGCAAACGAGAGCCACGACGCGCGAUCUGCUUGCCGCUUGCUUCGCGGACGAUGACGAAGAUCGAUUCCUGCACGCCGAUGCCGAACAGAUGAAGCCCCUCCUUGACAAGAUUGAUGAAGAGGCCCUUGCCGAAGCCCUCUCUCAUGGCAUCGGCUACUACCAUGAGGCUCUCAGCCUCAGCGACAAGCGCAUUGUGAAGCAUCUUUACAACCACGGUGCCAUUCAAGUGUUGGUAGCGUCAAGGGAUGUCUGCUGGGAGCUCAGCUGCACCGCCCACCUGGUCAUUGUCAUGGGUACUCAGUACUUCGAAGGUCGCGAACAUCGAUAUGUCGACUACUCUCUAAGUGAAGUUUUACACAUGUUUGGCAAGGCGCUUCAACCUUCCAAGGAUGGCAGAGGUCGUGGCGUACUCAUGGUACCAGGUGUGAAGCGUGAGUUCUAUAAGAAGUUCCUCAACGAAGCUCUGCCGGUUGAGUCUCAUCUCCACAACUACCUCCACGACGCCUUCGUUACAGAGAUUAGCACCAGGCUGAUCACGAAUGGCGAGGAUGCAAUCAACUGGACGACGUUCACCUACUUCUACCGCAGGCUUUUGGCCAACCCCAGCUUCUACAACCUGACAGACACUACGCAAGACGGUCUCAACGAUUACAUGUCUGACCUGAUCCAGACGACGCUCACGGAGCUUCAAGACUCCAAGAUCAUCGAGUUGGACGACGACGAUGGUUCGGUCCUGCCGCAGAACGCUGCCAUGAUCGCGGCAUACUACAACAUCUCGUACAUAACGAUGCAAACAUUUUUGCUGUCACUCAGCGCGAGGACAAAGCUCAAGGGCAUCCUCGAGAUUAUCACGUCGGCCACAGAGUUCGAAACGAUUCAAAUCAGGCGGCACGAAGAUGGCAUCUUGCGCCGUAUCUACGACCGAGUGCCGGUCAAGAUGUCGCAGCCGGCUUAUGAUUCGCCCCAUUUCAAGGCAUUCGUGCUGCUCCAGGCGCACUUCUCGAGGAUGCAGCUGCCUAUUGACUUGUCCAAGGACCAGGAAAUCAUUGUUUCCAAGGUCCUCAGCCUGCUCAGUGCCACGGUCGACGUCUUAUCGUCAGACGGACACCUCAACGCCAUGAGCGCCAUGGAGAUGUCUCAAAUGGUUGUCCAAGGCAUGUGGGACCGAGACAGCCCUCUGAAGCAGAUUCCUCACUUCUCGCCCGAGGUUGUCAAGGCGGCGAACGAGUUUGGAAUCAAGGACAUCUUCGACUUUAUGGAGGCCAUGAACCCAGACGAGAACGCCGACUACGCGGCGCUCGUCAAGCGGCUUGGUCUCUCGCAGGCGCAGCUGGCCCAGGCGGCGAACUUUACCAACGACAAGUACCCCGAUAUCGAGAUGGAGCACGAGAUUGUGGACGCCGACGAGAUUCAAGCAGGCGAGCCCUCGCAGAUCAACGUGACGAUCCAGCGGCAGCUGGAAGAGGACGACGAGUUCGAUCCGACGGUCCACGCGCCGUUCUACCCGUCGAAGAAGCUCGAGAGCUGGUGGCUCGUCGUCGGCGAAGACAGCACCAAGAGCGUGCUCGGCAUCAAGCGCGUGACAGUCGGGCGAUCGUUCACCGGCAAGCUCGAGUUCAUCGUGCCGACGGCGGGCAAGCACGACCUCAAGCUCUUCCUCAUGAGCGACAGCUACGCGGGUGUGGACCAGGAGCGCGAGUUCUCCGUCGUUGCCGCCGAGAGCAUGGACGUGGACGACAGCGAGGAGGAGGAGGAUGACGAAUAG